UCUGAGCAAACAAGGGGUAGGAAGAUGGCAUCCACCGACCAACCUGAUCUACCAACACAGCCUGGCCUUCCGCUUGGAGAUGCUGCGGCAGUUCCCCCCAGAGAAGCACUGAUUACCACUGCUGUAAAAUUUCUACAGAACCCAAAAGUGCGUCAGAGUCCCUUGGCCACCAGAAAAGCCUUCUUGAAGAAAAAAGGGCUGACGGACGAGGAGGUAGAGCUAGCCAUUCAGCGCUCUGGCAGCACAGAAGAAGUCCUGCCUCUGAGCCCUGUGGGACCCCCACAUCCACUCCAUGCAACUCAGCUGGUUCCUGCACCACACAGUCCAACAGGCUACAGAUGGAGGGACUACGGUGCCUUCACCAUCAUUAUGGUGGGCAUCGCUUUUGGCUUUCAUCAGCUUUACAAAAAAUACAUCCUUCCCCUCAUUAUGGGCAGCCGAGAGGACAAGAAGCAUCUGCAGAGGAUGGAGAGCAACAUUGCGGCAAUGAGUGGCACGCUGACACAGACAGUCAGUCAGCUGCAGCAGACCUUGGUCUCUGUCCAGGAGCUCCUGAUCCAGCAGCAGCAGAGGAUCCAGGAGCUCUCUCAGGAACUGGCAACAGCAGAGGCAUCAUCCUCUACCAGCCGUGUCCUGGACAACCAAACAGUUGGAGAGCUGAAGGCUGAGAUUGUCUCUUUGAAGGGCUUACUGCUCAGCAGAAAGCAAUUCCCUUCCACUCCCACAAUUCCUAAGAUCCCUUCGUGGCAGAUUCCCCUGAAGCCGCCUUCAGCACCCGGCUCGCCAUCCGUCAACAGCAGCAGCGACAUCUCCCCUGUCAGUAACGAGUCAGCCAACUCCUCCCCAGUUAAAGAUGGACACCACAGCCCCCAGGAUGCACUGGGAGGGCCUGAUGGAGCUCAUGGUAUCAAUGGAGAUGCUGGCCCUGUGGGCCUGGUCACAACACUGCCCCUGGACCUAAAGGACCAGGUCCGCAUGGAGGUGCAGGGGGAGGAGGAGAAAAAGAACAAAGAUGAUGUCAGCCACGUAGAGGAGGAGGAGGAGGAGGAGGAGGAGGAGGGUCUAAGCAUGCAGACAGAGGAUCGGCGAGGUGGGGAUGGACAGAUUAACGAACAGGUGGACAAACUGAGGCGGCCCGAGGGUGCCAGCAAUGAGAGCGAGCUAACAAGAAGAGCCCAUGAGUGAGAAGAAGGGAUAUCAGCUCUCGUGCCACUUCCACCUCCAUCGCAUGGCCUUCAUGGGAACACAGAAAAGGUAGAAGGGCUCUGCGCAUUUCUGUGUGACACCCGUCCUAGCCUGCAGACUAUGCUUAGUUACGUUGGCGGAGUUUAUGUUGAAAGUGUCAAAUGAUGAGACAAAUAACACUGCAGUAUGCUGUAAAAGAUCUAUUUUUGAUUUAUUUGAAAUGAAUUUGUAUGGAUGAAUAAGGUUUAAAGAAGUACAGAAUCAAGAGGUGUGACUUCUGCUUCGUAGCCACUGUAGGCUCAGUGAUUGGUCCGCUCUGUAACCUGCUGAUGACUGUCUGAAUUUCAGCCAGAAAUGUACAUAAGUGUAAUAAAUUAGGUUUAUCUCAAGUAGAAUCUGUUAUGUUAAUUUUAAACCAUCUGGACACAGAAUACUACUGUACACUAUGAUUAAAGGACAAACACAGUGUUACUAGGAUUUCCAUGUUUAUAUUCUACAUUUCCUGAAUUCAGUUACUGUUUACAUCAGUGCAGAUAGUUUGUCAUGUUUGUCUUCCUGUUUCUUCAUUUACAGAAGUAUAUAUUUUGAAACAUGCUCAGAUAAAUACUUGACUGGCAGUAAAGAACAGGGUGCUGAUUCUAUGUCGUAACUGAGUAAAUGUACCUAAUUUAUGUUUCCAUCCACCCAGUAAACAUUAAAGGGAACGAAAC